AUGGAAGAUCGCUAUCGAGUACAAUUGAUGCUUUUAAGUCGAGCAUUGAAGAAAAAAGGACCACCUAGACAGGAAAAUCUUUUUGUUUUUUGCUUUCAGGUAAAUAAUGGAGCAUGGAGUCUUCCAGGAUUUGUGUGCGACUUAUAUAUAGCAAUGGACGUGAUGUGCAGCACGAGUUCGAUCUUUAAUUUGGUAGCAAUUUCUAUCGACAGAUACAUGGCGGUGACCCGUCCGAUAAAGUACGCCAAACACAAGAACAAUAGGAGAGUGUGGUUGACGAUACUGUUGGUUUGGGCGAUAUCGGUGGCGAUCGGAAGCCCGAUUGUUCUCGGCCUGAAUAAUACUCCAGAUCGAACGCCGGAUCUUUGCAUGUUCUACAAUACGGAUUUCAUCAUGUUCUCCAGCCUUUUUAGUUUUUUAAUUCCCUGCAUCAUCAUGGUCUUCUUAUAUUAUAGUAUAUUUAAGGCGCUACGAAUUAGACUGAAAAAGCAAAGGGCCAACAGAAAGUCAAACACCGUGGAUACAAAAUCGGGGAGUAUAAUUGAAAAUAUCACGCACACUAGGAGGUUUGCGGAGACUGCACUAGGAGCAGCAGCACUCGUGACACCAGGAAUUGAAGAGCCAACAAACACGGCAUCUGGGAGUAACGAGGACGAGGACGAAACACCAUUAGAUCCUGUAGUGGUCAUCUCUAAUGAAAAAAGUACCGAAUACUUUCUAGCCACUGUCGUCGAGGAAGCAGCUUGUCGUUUUAGUGUCGUUGCCCAGGCACAACUAAAUUCUGAGACGAAAUCGAGAAAAGAUUCAGGUUACGAUGGGGCAGCAAGUAGCACGUUACUUCAUGAGACGAUAGAAAUGAAUUCAAGUCCAAGUCCAAAUCCAAAGGGAACUUCUGGACCAUCUUCAUCGACAUCGUCUUCCCCACCUCCACGUGGUGUACCACCACCACCAAUUUCCAAUUCACAUCCGAAACGAAAUGGAAAUAGCACAAAUAAACAAGAAUUCAAGAGGUUCAAGAGUUCGGCAACUCUUUUUCCUUUUCAACUUGGAAGGUCACCGAGUGUCAUGACAGGUUGUUCAUCAUCCAAAAAAGAUCGAAAAAAUGCUUCUUCAGGCUCUAGGUUUACGAUAUAUAAAGCAAAUAAGGCCAGUAAGAAGAAACGGGAAAAAAGUUCAGCGAAGAAGGAACGCAAAGCGACCAAAACUUUAGCCAUUGUACUAGGUGUGUUCCUGAUAUGUUGGGUGCCCUUUUUCACAUGUAAUCUAACGGAUGCACUCUGUACGAAAUGGAAUGGGAAUUGUCAACCAGGUGUCACAGCUUUUAUUCUCACCACGUGGCUUGGUUAUAUGAACAGUUUCGUCAAUCCCGUGAUUUACACCGUGUUCAAUCCCGAAUUCAGGAAGGCCUUCCGUAAGCUGAUUCGAGUUUAGUCAUUUUUUUUCCAUUAUCUAUAUAUAUUAAAAGUCAUCGAAUUUUUUUUGCAUUUAAAUCAUCCCCCCCUCUCUCUCUAAAUAAACAAGGAGAAAGUACCUAUACGCUUUUUCGGUUUCUUAAAAAAAGACUAAUCUUGGAAAAAAACAAAAAAAAAUAGGAUUUUAAAAUGAAUAUUAUAGAAUAUUGCAUUGAGAAUUAUUCAAAAUAGUGGAAUUUUAUAGCUAAUCUAAAAUUUCAGGACCAAAUUACUAUUGCCGAAACAUAAUUAUAUCUCUAUAUAUAAUUUUCACCAAAACGUCUUCGAAAUUUAUGGAAAAAAAAAAUUUUACUUCCGCUUGAGGAAAUUUAUUUCAUAACCAAAAAAAAUCUUUUCCUUGUCGCAAAAAUCGAGCUUCAAUAAUAAUGAAUCAUGUAAAAAAAGAAAAAGAUGUAAAAAAAUUUUUUAAUCAUGUGCGAGCGAAAAGUUAAUUUGAAGUUGGAAUUUUGGAAAAGCUGCUUGAUUAAAAAAAAAAAUUAUAUAUAGAAUUAAAAAAGUCGAGGGGAAUAUUAGUGCAUAUGACGUACCGUGGCAGUAUUAUAUUAUAUAGGCAUUAAGAUAUAUAGAAAUAUUUUUUCGCUCAAGAAACUUGUAAAGAAAAAAAAUCGGAAGAAAAAAAAUACAAGUCGUCUUUUUAGGCGUUUCCUAUAUAGCUGUAUUCACGCGUCGCGUAUAACUCGAUAUAUUUAUAUACAUACCGUUCCCUCCUUGAUAAAAAAAAAAUAUAAAUAUAUCAUUUUACUAUACAUAUAUAAAUGCCCCCAAUUCUGAGAGCUAGGUGCAAAAUCUCAAACAAACAAAAUUUUCCUUUAAUAUCAUCACGUGGAUGACGAGUAUAGAAAUAUUUUAUCUUUUACACGCCUUUGUGAAUUUCAUGUAAUCAUGCAAAUUUUCUGUUCCGAUUUUGUCACUUGAACCUUUUCACAAAACUUCAUUUCUCUUCACGAAUUCACCUUUUUCUAACUUGAAAUUCAAUUUUCCACUGUGCUCCAAAUGUUUUCCAUUCUUUUCUGAGUUAUACUCGAGAAAUCGAAAAAUUUGCAUUCCAAAAUCAAAAUAAAAAAUCUAUUUUUAUUUUUCUAUAACAUAAAAAAAAUAUACAUGUGUAAUUGUAAUAUUUAUUGCAAAAGAAAAUUUAAUUACCAAUUAUUUCUAUUUUAAUUAAUAGUGAAACUUGUUAAAAUAAUUCAUUGAUGUUUUACGCGGCUAUGUAAUAAUUGUACAACCUCCCAUUGACCGAAUUUCCGAGACAUAUCAGUAUAAAAGUUUCAAAAGUCCAUGAAAAAAAAACAACUUUUUUCGUAGAAAAUAAAAUAAACUGGGAAAAGAAAAAAAAAUGACACACACACAAAAAAAAUGGAAAGUUUUUUCAUUUAAAUAAUGAAAACUUAAUAUUUCUCAGACACUGAAUGCGUGCUGUUGCAAUAAUAAUAUUUGUAUAAUCAAAGCUUUUUACUGUACAAUUUUUUUUAAAGCUAUGAACAAAAAGUGAAAAAAAAAAUAUAUAUAGACUAUAUGUAAUGAUGUACAUAAUAUUUGUAAAUAAGGAAUGACGUAACAAAGACUCUCGCGUUUAAAAUAAUAUAAAAGCGACAGAAAUUUAAAAAAAAAAUGUCUAUCAUUGUGUGUUGACUAUUUUCAAAGACGUUUAUCGAUCCUAAUAAUGAUCGUGUGCGCACACUGUACACAAUGUAUACGUAAAAAUAUAAUGUUCGAACAGGUAUUCAACUUUCAGAAUCGCAAUCAAAGGCCUAAGGGAACUGCAAACGUUAGAGAUAAGAAUUUAAUUAAAUUUCAUUUUUUCUUAAAUUGAUAUUGGUUUCUAUUUAUCAUUGUCUAAUUUGUUGUUAUUUUUUAUCCUGCUUGCAACAAGUUUUUGAUUUUUUUAUUUAUCGUUGGAGGUAUAGAGUUCUGAAGUAUCUAUAUAUAAAGUCGCUCGAAGCGUUUCUAGAGGAUGUUUUUUUCAAAAUAAUGGGUAGCUUAAUCUGACAAUUGUACACAUGUCGUGACAAAAGUUAAUUUAUAAACAAGAAUUUUUUUAACUAUUGUUAAUAUUUGUGAAAAAACUUUUAUUAUAAUCAAAAGCAGAUUUCAAGAAGUUAAUAUUUUUAUAUUUGGAAAAGAAAGCCUUGCAAAAGGUGACGGAUUACUAAAAAGUAGUCACGUUAGUAACGUGACUCAACCAAUUGAUGAAAAAAAAGUUUAUUUCUGGAACUGUUCUAAGAGAAACACCGGGUAGAGAAAAAAAAUUAAUUCUAAUUUUUAUAGUGUUUUAAAGUUGACCCAAUCAGCACGAAAACUUGCAGCAAACUUGCAAGAAGCUUGCCGUGCAAGAUUGCAGCGCAAACAUGUAGCUAGUUUGGUGCAAGUUUGCAAAACUUAAUACGAUGCGCAGUUGUAAACGGAAGCUUCUACGGCUGUGCAAUACGUUUUUUAACCUCCAAAACAGAGUGCCCUUUAUGUUUAUUUAAUAGCAAAUUGUUUUGAAAAAUUUUUUUAGUAUUAUACAAGCUUGCAGCAAGCUUUUUGCAAGUUUGCUGCAAGCUUGCUUAACUACCUUGCAACAAAAGGACAUUUUGUUGCUUGCACCAAACUUGCUACAUGUUUGCACUGCAAUCUUGCACGACAAACUUCGUGCAAGUUUGCUGAAAGUUUUCGUGCUGAUUUGGGAGGUAGGUAAAAUCAUUCAUACAUUAUAAUAAUAUUUGAGUUAUAAUAAAUAGUAAGUUUUUUUAAAUGAAUGUAGCUUCAAAUCGUUACCACCAGUUGGCGUUAAGAACAUACUUUAGAACUCUAUAUUGUAAAAUAAACCCGGAUUAGCCGUACAGAAAUUAAAAACGCUAACCAAUAUGCAACGAUCAACGGGGGUGCAAUUAAGUAAUUUAAUUUUGACUUCAACAUCGACAUUGACUUUCAUAAUCAAUUUCACUUUUAGUUGGGGAGCCCAUGAUGAUAAAUGGGGACUUACUUGAGCGUCGUCGGGAUGAUGAUAUUUUCUAGUUUAGAUGAUAAGGAAAAUAAAAGUUUCUGUAAAGUUUUCCCUUUCAGUGGUACGUUAAACUUAAACAAAUUUUCAAAAAUGUAAAAAAACCAAUUACAUGGAAAUAUUUGAGCGUGUCAGAUAUUAAUAGUUUUGAUACCCCAACGUGUCUCUGAUACCAAAUGUAUGUUCACCUCCCACACAGCACAUGAGAUUAGGGAAAUGUCCGCCUAUAAGAAAUAUUGCCGUGUAAUAUUGCUGAAAUAUUUCAUUAAAAUAUUAUAGAAAAAAAUUACGGCCUGUACAGCUGCGCAGUAGUUUUUUAAUUUUCUAGUAUCCUAAGGUGUUGAACAUGUUAGAAAAUAACGAUUGAUUACAUAUUUUAAAAAAGUUUCUAACUUUCUUUGAAAUAUUUCCUGAAUAUUGCCGAGUCUUCAUGUGUAAUAUUGCAGGAGUCUUAAAGUGUAAUAUUUCAGCAAAAUUGUACGGCAAUAUUUCUUAUAGGCGGACAUUUUCCUGUUUUCAUAAACAUUUCACGAACCUUGCAUUGAAAUAUUUCAAAUCUUUCAAUGAAAUAUUCAUGAAAUAUUUAGGAAAUAUAAUGUGCUGUGUGGGCUGUCGGUUUGCGUGGUGCUGGUGGCAAUCUGGAUAGAUACAAAAUAGAAAAAAAUUUUGUUCGAUCGCGUCAGAUAUUUAGGGAGAAUGUUAAAUGAACCCUAAAUAUGCUCCCAUUCAAAAAACUGACGUUUCGGAAGUGACGCAAGCUCGUAACGAAAUGUUGAAAAUGCAAAAAAAAAUCGCCAUCUUGAAAUACUCGAGCGUGUCAGAUUUUUAUACUGAUGGUUCAACUUGAUGCUGCAGUCAUGAUAGCCGAAAAUCUGACGAUUAUUUUGAGGAAUAUUGUUAAUCUGACAGCUGUUUUGUGAUCAGCUGUAAUGGUGUUAUGGCGACGGAGAGCAGUGUCAAGAAUCGGGAUUGUGUGAGAGAGUCAGAAAUAGGGAAAAAGUGAAAGGGAAGGUCAGGCACGGAGUGGGGAAUGCGUGUUGUACUCCAACUGCGCGCUCUACUCUACAUAGACGAUUUUCAUUACUUUGCCUUUUGGAAAUCGUUAGAUUAUACUUUAUUCGUGAUUCUUGUGUUAUUUCCUUCAAAUUAAAAAAAAUUUAACCGCGCUCGAUAAUGUCAAGACAACGUUUUUUUUGCAAAUUUCUAACCCUCUUGCUCCCUUACGUUACGCUCACAUCGACACAUUUUUUAGCUAGUAAUUAACACACCUUACCUUAAUCUAACGCGCUUCAAUAUCUCCAACUAUCGAUUUUUUUACUAAUCUGAUGGACUAUCCUAGACGCAAGUCUUGAUAAAAAGAGUUAAUACUUGGAAGAUGUACUCAACAACAUGCAAGGUAUCCCCCUGUGUUUAUCUACCGCGCUCAAUUUAAUCCCAAAAAACAUAUUGGGCUCCUCUACUAUUUCACUUUUAUUUUUAUUUUGACUUUGAUUUUCACUUUUACUUUUACUGAAAUUCAAUUAAAAAAUGUAUUUCAGUAAAAGUUAAAAUAAAGGUAAAAAUCAAAGUCAUUAUAAAAGUCAAUGUCGAUGUAGCAAAUAUUUAUGUCGUAGUAUGUAGGUUACCAUUUCCAAUUUGUGUUCGUCAAACCUUCCUUGUAAUAUUAAGUUAACUUAAAAAAUUUUUUAAAUAAAAUAAAUACGUAAAAAAAUAUUAAUAACAAAAGUUGGUAUUUUCUUUCUGUGAAUCCAAAACUUGUUGCAAAAAAAAUUAUUAACCAUGUUUUCUCAAAAUUUUCUUAAUUAAAAUCAUUUUCGUAUAAAAUAUUGUAUAAAUAUUAUUAAACGAUAAAAGAAAUUAUUUGAAAUUCUAUUAUAUAAGGGGAAGAAAAUGUUAAUAUAAUAAUUAGUUAAAAUUUUAUUAUUCAGAAAAAAUUUGUUAAUUAAAAUUUAUUGUUAGAAUGAUUAAUUAUAUUUCCAUAUAGUAGCGGAAAAUUUGAAAUGAUAAAAAAAGAGUUUAACACUGAAUAUUCUACAUGUUACAAAUAGUUUUGUACAGUUAUUUCUCAUAUAUAAUUUAAUUAAUUUUUCUUUAUUACAAAAAAAAUGUUGGGCACCGAGUGGUUAGGGCGUUACAUAAAACUUUAUUUCUAUAUCGACUGUUGUAAAUAUAAAAAUGUUUUAAUAAAGACGUAUUAGGAAUUUAAAUAUUAAAAAUAAAAAAAAAAUAAAUUCAAACUUGUGUAUUAUUGAAUUAUUGAGUUUAUUGACUGAAAAUAUUUGAAAACUUGCCUAAAGUUUCUAUAGAAUUAAAAAUACCGUGUUGGUAAAUUAGUUAAUUGAUUGUCCCGCGUUUGUACAUUUUUCUCAGCAAACUUAUAAAUUUUAAUACGAAGCUGAUGUACGCAACGUUUAUGAUAAACGAUUUUUAAAGAAAUAAU